GCCCUCGAUACACCGGUGGCAAGGCGGAGGUGCUGGAACGUGUCCGAUGCUGUCUGUCUGCCCGUCUGGCUCGUCUGCCCACAGCUGGCCCUAGUCGCCGGAGAAACCAACAUCCAGCGACACCCUGGGUCAGGAUCUUUGACCUUGUUCCGUCUACGGAGUGUAGGAUUGGAGCGCUACCACUCGGAUCCGACACAGCUCAUCCCGACACCUCACUUGCCGAUCAGAACAAGACCCACUUUGCUACUUUUCUCACCGUCAAUAGCCUUCAAUGAAGCUCUCAUUUGAGUACAGUUAUCAGAAGAGGGUUCAUCAGUGACAGGAGGUUGCCCAACGAGGCGUCCCGCCCUUCCCGGUCGACACUCCGCGGCACGUUACAACGCUACGACGAAAGUUCGACCAUCUGAGGCUGUUGAUUGGCCCGACGUGCCAGAACCACUCGCUCGCGGCUCAAUUUAUUAGUUUAUUUCAACAUUUGAGGCCAGGUAGCCCACUGUCUUGGCAAUGUCGGCGCCACAAAGCAUCCCAAACCCAUGUUUCUGUAACAUGGGAGUGGCGCCCUCCAAAUACCACGCAGUUAUCUCCCGUGCCAGGUGUUCGCAGCGGGGUACAGUACACGCAUCUCAUGCUCGGUCUGAUGUGUUUUGCUGAAGCCGAGGUACCGCUCAUUCGCGUACUUUGUACCCUGGGAGUCUCAUUUAACAAGCAUUAUUCUCUUGUUGGCCACAUCGUUGCAGGAGCAGUGACUCGACUGAAUUGACAAGCUCGGCCUUGUCCUUUUGCAAUGGUCCCCUACUAGCGCUUUUGAACGGCAUUGAAAGUCAAUAUCGCAACGGCGGCUCUCCAGUGUGACCGGUGGUCCCGAAUUCUACAGCGUCGUAGCACAAUCGGCCAGCAAAAGUGAUCGAUCCGCUGGCUUCAGGAAGCUAAGGGCACUCGGUUGCAACAGCAAUGGGGCCGAGAGUUUAAGCAUGUUCUGGCUAAAAGCACUUGCACCCAUGUGUAACAUAAAUCUACAGCGACUCAGGGACCGAUGAGACCUCGACAAUGCGCCAACGCAGCACGUUUAUUGUGCUGAGGAUCGGUCUGGUCGAGCCAUAAGAGGGAUUCCAGCCCUACGCUAUGGACCGCACCGAAUUCUCCCAUUGGCUGGUUGGAAUACUACGUGGAGAGGUUUCGCGUUCGGCGUUGCGGGCCGCGUUGGCGGCUAACACGGUCUGGCUACAGAAGCUGUGCAACUCGCUCUUCCUUCCAAGAUCAGCCUGCUUCACUCAAGUGAGGCUCCAGUUUUAUACCGACCGGUGUAGAGUUUAUGGGAAAAGUUCACAUGCCUGUACGCCGCGGCUUCACAGAAUGCAUGCAACCAACCUACCUUCCCCUCCAAGGGCACGUAGGAGGCGGUACGGAGUACUCCAUGCAGGCAAGAGCCCGACCGGGAGGGCAUAAUGCCAGGGCCCAGGGGCCCGCAACUGUAUAAAGGAUGCCGGUCUUCUUUAACAAGAGACCGUAACAUAUGCUCACUAUGAGCACUACAUGAAGACCAAUCGUUCUCGAAACUUCACCAAUGUCGCAAAGCAUGGCAGUCAAGUCAUCUACGCCUGCCCACAUUUUGACGGGCCUGAAGGAGGCUCCUCACAAGAGGAUCAGGGUCGUCCCAAUGUCUCCCCCGAAUGGAAUCCCGUCCCUCCCCAAGCGAUUCGCGCAGGUCAAGGCCGAUCUGGUGUCCAGCAGUGAGACAGCGAUUGCAGAGUCUUGGGGCCGGCUCCUGACGCAACUUCGUCAAGAAGUUGCAGCAAUCGCAGAAGCAACUUCUCCCGUCAUACCUACCAUUGACUUUCAAGACCUUGACGCUCCUACCAGAAGAGAUGCUUUCUUGGAGGGCCUGAAAAUUCGCGGCUCGGCGGUGGUCCGAAACGUUGUCCCUGAAAACGAGGCACUGGCGAUGAAGAGAGAUCUUGACACAUAUUUAGCCGACAACCCUCACUCAAGGUCGUCGUCACCGAAUGACUCUCAACUGUACGAACUUUACUGGAGCCUCGCCCAGCUCAAGGCUCGGGCUCAUCCAAAUAUGCUCAAGGCACAGACCUUUGUCAUGAGCAGCUGUUGGCACCACUCAACCCUGGCAGCAGGUUCGUCGGGCGGAGACAGCCGUGACGGCCCGGUGGACUCACGGACACGCAUCACGACCAAUUUCCCCGUGGCUUACGCCGACCGAGUACUCCUUUUCCACCGAAGCAGCAGCGCUCAAGAGACCCCAAAGAUCGAGCCCCGUCUACCUCUCAAGGCUCACGUCGACGGCGGCAGUGUCGAGCGAUGGGAAGCAGACGGGUAUGGGGGUCGAUCCCCGAAAGGGACAUACCGCGAGAUCUUUACUGGUCACUGGGAGGACUGGGACCCCUGGGAUAGCAGCAGUAGGCUGAACGCCACCAGCGACCUGUACAAUGGGGCCAACACCUGCAGUGUCUUCCGCAUGUUCCAGGGCAUCUUGUCUCUAGGCACAGGCGAUCGGAAUCAGGACUCGUCAUCAUCAUCAUCACCACCAAUGGCCAUCUGCGCGCUGCCCGUGAGGCUUGUGACGGCCUACUGGCUCCUCAGACCUUUCUUCGCCCCCAAAAAGCCCUGGGUUGGCAAGGGGCAGCGUGCGGCUGACUUCCUCGACCCCUCUAAUUGGGAACUGACACCAUCGCAAAGUCCCAUUCUACAUGGAGCACAGCCAUGCCAUUCCCAGGAGCUCAACGCGCUGCUUCACCCGCACCUCCUACUAGACAGAACGCUCGUCCCGGUACCACCACUACGGCCGGGCGACUAUGUCCUGUUCCACCCCGACGUGGCCUACUCCAUGAGCCCGUCGCUGCCCGUGCCCAUGUGCACACCCGCGCAGACACCGCCGCCGACCCCGCAGCACUCAACAGGGUCAUCACCCAUCUUCUCACGAUCGCCAUCGCCGUCCUCGCCGUCCUGGUCCUCAUCGCCCGCGACCCCUUCCUCCACCACCACCCCGUCGUCAUCACCAACAGCGGCGGCGACGACGCUCCUCUACAUCCCGGCCUGCCCGCUGACGCAGACCAACGCGCUCUUCCUGGCCCGGCAGCGCAAGGCGUUCCUGCUGGGGUUCCCGGGCCCGGACUUUGCGGGCGGCGGCGGCCCGGGCGGCGGCGGGGGCGAGAGCUUCCACAUGGGCAGGCCGGGCGUGCAGGAGGUCAACGAGGCGGGCGGGGAGGCGGCGCUGCGGGCGACGGGCCUGCUGGCGUGGGACGAGGACGAUGCCACGGGGGGAGAGGCGGAGCGGCUCGUGCUUGCUGCUGCGAAUGGGAUCUUGUUCCCUGAUAGUUUUGAGGUGCGGUAGGCAGGGCAGGG